UUUAAUACAAUAGGCAAGCAUUCGAUCACGAACUCUUUCGGGAAUUUGCCAGCGAAAUAACCUCCUCGCCGAGUCGCCGUCACUUCCUAAGACAAAAACAAUGUCUGUUUUUCAAGUGUUAUCGUUGCUGACAAAGUAAAGCUCAUCUCUUAUAUAUUUCCCAACAAAUCGUAUCAUCUUAUCUGAGCCUCCAAACAUAUUUUUGGCUCAGAAUUCCAGGUGCCUUUUCUUUCAUUUUCCUAUUUAUUCUCAUUUUCUGUUUGGUUGCCGAGAAAAAGAAUUGAAGGAAUUCUGCUUUGAAGUGAGAACCAAUGGGGAGUGCUUCAUCCAUGCUAACUCAGUAUGACAUUGAAGAAGUACAGGAACACUGCAAUGAUUUAUUUUCUCAGCAAGAAAUUGUAUCCUUAUAUCAAAGAUUUUGUCAACUUGAUCGGAAUGCAAAGGGUUUUAUCUCAGCUGAUGAAUUCUUGUCGGUCCCCGAGUUUGCAAUGAAUCCACUCUCUCAGAGGUUGCUUAAGAUGGUGGAUGGUUUGAAUUUUAAGGACUUUGUGGCCUUCUUGUCUGCAUUUAGUGCUAGAGCUAGUAUGCAGCAGAAAAGUGAACUUAUUUUCAAGGUAUAUGACUCAGACUGUAAUGGGAAGGUGUCUUUCAAUGAUAUAUUAGAAGUGCUGCGUGAUUUGUCUGGUUCCUUCAUGUCUGACGAGCAAAGAGAGAAAGUGUUGACUCAAGUCUUGCAAGAAGCAGGAUAUACAAGGGAAUCUUAUUUGACGUUAGGUGACUACAUUAAGGUUCUUGGCAGUUAUGGCGUAAAAAUGGAGGUUGAAGUGCCAAUUGAUUAAGUUAAGAUGAUUUGGUUCUCUUAUUCUCUUUCCCUUUUUCCCCCUACAUCAUCAGUUCAAGAUGAAAAGUCUGAAGUGAAGGGUAAACAACAUUCACAUUCCUACUGCACAAAUGAGAGGAAACUCGAAGCAGACUCCUGUAUCAAUGCCUUUUUUUGUCUUUUUGAAAUCUUCAUCAAGUUCAAUAAAAAUGUAGAGCAAGCAACCUGUGUAUUUAGUACAAUAAAAUGUGAAGCCUCUAUUAGACAGGUUCUUUUUUUUCCUUUUUUUUAUUUUUUUAUAUAGCCUUCUCCAGGUUCCUUGUAAAUGAUUUUGUAUCUUUUAUCGGUGUCUCAUCCACUAUGACACUUGUUCAAUGCACA